GUUUCUGGUAAAUGGUAGAAGGGUAGACGAAGCAGGAACGUGGCGUCUUUGCUGUUUGUUCCUCCGAGCAGCAAUAACCUCGGGUCACCCGCCGUCGUAUAUCCCCGCGCAUACGGGCGCUUUUCGCUUGUGUUCAGAGUUCCAUGACUGUUGGAAAUAUUUACCAUCGUGUGACGACAUACGUCUCUGGAGAGAGAUAACCGCAUUGAGGUCGUCCGCACGGGUCUGUCCGUUUCAUUUCAGCGUUUACGCGAGCUGGUAGACGGUGUGGGCAUAUUUUCGGAUUCGGAAAGUCGUUUUCGCGUCGUUUCGAGGAUUUCAGUGAAGUGUCAGUGAUCAUGGUGUGCUGUGUGCGAGUGUCAAACUCGCAGUGAAAGCCAGUGUCGGAGUGAAAUUGUUGAUGUGAUGACAGUUUAGCGGCGAAAAUGGCCUCAAGUUCCACUUUCGAGGCGAAAGUGCUGAUGGCCAAAGGCAAGCGGGCGACGGCCGCGUACAUCCACGCCGACUGCUCCAACAACCCCUGCCCCCAGCACCUCAACGCCGUGCUGGACAGCCUCCUCAACCCCGCCAAGUCGAUCGACGAGUGGGAGACCAUCGACUGGUGCAAAUGGCUGAUGGCCGGGGGCAGGACCCCGGACGAGUUCGCCAACACAGUUCGGGCGUACGACAACCAAACGACCUGCGGCCUCGUCUGGACACCGAAUUUCGUGGCCUACAGAUGUCGCACGUGCGGCAUUUCGCCCUGUAUGUCGCUGUGCACCGAAUGUUUCAAGAAAGGAAACCAUCAGAGGCACGAUUUCAACAUGUUCCUGAGCCAGGCCGGAGGUGCUUGCGAUUGCGGAGAUACGUCGGUGAUGAAGGAGACAGGGUUCUGCGAUCGCCACGGACCGGACAAGUGCGCGAACAAGGGGAAGGCGCCGCGUGACUUGAUGUGUGUGGCCGAGGCGAUGAUGCCGAGGAUCAUAUUCAGGUUCAUUCUGCACCUUAGGGAGAAUUGCCACAUAAAAGGGCCAAUCCAAGACGCGGACAGCUACAUCACCAUGCUCGUCGACUUCAACAACAUGGGUGCAUUAAUGAGACGCGUCAUGACCUCAGCUUUAACCAACCCACAAAUAUACCGAGAUCUGAACGACGUCCCCGACGUCAACCCGAAUAGCGACUACGACUACAACAUGUACGUGUCUGAAUCGAAAAAGAUAUACGAAAAAGCCAUGGAGUCGAUAGCCAACCCCGAACCCCUCGAAGAAUACAAAGACUGUCCCUCGCUUCAUAAAAACCUGGUCCAUAAGACGCUCCUGGAAGAACUGGUCUUCUGGACGGUAUUUUUCGAGUUCCCCGAAAAAGUUGUGUGCUUGCUUUUAAAUAUGCUGCCCGAUCCCGACUACAAGGAGGCUCUGAUGAGAGCCAUCGUUCUGCACUAUAGCAGAAUAUCCAUGAUGUUAGAAAGGACCAACGAUCCUGAAAACGUGAGCAACAGGGUAGUGCACGCUAGCGUGCAGUUAUUUUCCAAUGAGAGUUUAGCUUUACGAAUGACCGAACAAUUGAAUUUAUUGCACGUGAUGGUGGUCAGCUUGAGGUACAUGAUGAGUAAGAUUUUGGUGAUGAGCAGUCUUCACGAUCCAGGGCAUAACUUCCACCUCGUUGUUGACUGUAGCAAGAGAGUGAUGACAGAACAUUGUUACUGGCCUUUAGUUUCCGAUUUGAAUAAUGUUCUAUCGCAUAGACCUGUCGCUUUGAAGUUUAUGUCGGAUGAUCAUUUAAUCAAAAUGUGGUUCGGGUUUCUUGCCAUGUUUCAAGGCAUGAAUGUGAAUCAAAGAGAAACGAAGGAACACAUCAAGUAUGAGCCCAAUACUUAUUUUGCUGCGUUCAGUGCCGAGUUGGAGGCUAGUGCUUAUCCCAUGUGGGCUCUGGUUUCUCAUUUGACGGACGCCGAGACUGCUCCUCUCACGAGGAAGGUACUGACGGCGUGUUUGAAGCAGCUGAAAACCUGGUUGGAGGCUAUCAAUUUUGCUAGUCUUAAUAUGAACGACAACUUGCAAGUUUCGUUCCAUCUGCCAUUGCAUCGCUACUUUUCGGUCUUCCUUUGCCAAGCGGUAGCCAAACAGGGAAUCAACUUGAAUGAUGUCCUACCACCAAAAGAGGAUCUCCUGGUGAUGAUUUUGCAUCCUCUCAGGGUCCAGGUUGCUUUCUACGAAAUCCUGAAUGACCUCUGGGUCCGUAAUGGUCUUCAAAUCAAAGGCCAAGCCAUGACGUACAUUCAAGGCAACUUCUGCAAUUCCAUGGUAGACGCAGAUUUAUAUCUUCUGCAGAUCGCUUGCACGAGGAUGUGCCCGAACGAAUUUACGUCGCUUAUUAUAGACAAAUUCCAUGUAACAGAGUCUUUAAGUUUAGCGCCAGAAAGGGCGCCUCAAAAUCCGUACUUGAAGCCAGAACAUAAUACGCGCAUGCUCGAAAGCUUUCUGACGUUCUUAGCCACCUUGGUGACGGUUCGAACCAACAUAGGACUUUCCGAAACCGAACUCAACCGCCUCGAAAUGGUGACCCUGCUUUGUAUGAGCGACAGAACCCACUCUCAGCUGAUGGAACUAAUGCCGGAACGUUGCGGUACGUCUCAAACUCGAGAUUUUGAGACGUUGUUGGCGGAACUGGCCGACUAUAGACGACCAGUUCUGGACCCCAAUGGGGGUAAUUUGCAACAAGGGAUGUAUUCGGCUAAACCACACGUCUGGGAAAAUUUAUACAACCCGAUUCACGUGUUGCUGAGAGCUGUGCAUCGCAGAGAUUUCCACACUUCGAUGGAUCGAUACACCGACUACGUGAAAGAUAGUAACAAAGUGAAAGCGGGAAUAAGCCCUUGGCUUCCUUUCAGAGAACCAACGGGAUGCUCUGAAGCCUACGACGAUCCACGGUUGAUUCUCAAAUCCAAAGUUUUUCACGCUGCGGUGUUGGUAAUCCUGCAAAAAGCCGUACGCGGACAAAUCCCAGAAGACGUAAUGGCACUCAUCGUUUUCCUAUUGGACCAAGCUGUCACCAUCAGUGAGGUUCGGGAAUCUCACGACCCCAAGCCUUUCUUCCCCCAGAAGCAACUCAACGACAUGAACUUCGACAACUGGUUCUCUUCGGAUUGCAUUUUCGAAAACCUCACCACCGUCAUCCACAAAGUGAUCCUAACACCCGAACCCGAAGUAUCCCCGAUGACUUACAGCUCCGACAGCGACAUCGAAUGGGGCGAGAAUUCCGAAGUAGACACCGAAAUGACGGACGUCAAUCCUGACGGCGGUACCAACAUCUUGAUGUUGCCGGAUACGGGUGGUUGGAACCAGUCCGGUACCGACCUCAUGGUAUUCGUUCCUCAGGACUCCUCCCCUGCGUACGAUACACCCAAUCCGGUGUUGGCUCUGCCUCCUUCCACAUCCAUGGAAGUAGAAACAAUGGCGGUGGCCGUGCCUACGAUGUCCGUGGUCCCUGCUUACCAUUCGCCGACCGAACAACCCGCACUACCCCCGAUGGUACAACUGGCCGCUCUCACUGCCGGAAACGAGGUGGCCAGGCAGUGGCCGGAAGGCGCCACUAGUACUGAGUUAGUACCAUCGACGUCCAAUUGCGCGCCGCACCGGAGACCUUACAGGAGGAGACCGACACUUGAAGGGGGCGUGGCGUCCCCGCCCACUGUCGAUUUAAACGAAAGCAUUAUAACGUUGUUGUUGAAGUUGCAUUGUCAAUUAUCGGGAGUGCCUGACAGUUAUAAGCCUGAAGACGAAGAGGAAGGAGCGAGCGAGGGUGGGAGUUUGAUUGGUGAUGGGCCGUUCUUUAUCGGUAGACUGUUGAGGAAGAUAUCGAGAUUGGACGAGAAAUGUAAGCAAUAUAUACAAGAGACGCGCAUGAGGUUGUGGCCGAGUCAGGAGGAACGGGACGAGGCGAAGAAGCAAAAGGAGAAUAGAGAGAAGGAGGAGAGGAGGAGGAGAGCGAAGGAAAGGCAACAGAAAUUGAUGGCGGAGUUCAAGAGUAAGCAGAAGCUGUUUAUGGAGACGGCCAUGGAAACGGACGAGAGUGCUUUGAAUUCAGAUGAGGAGUUGUUCGUCAGUAAGCAAGAAUAUGAUUGCGUUAUUUGUAACCAAGCCACGCCUAGUACUGAAGAGAAGCCAAUGGGAUUGGUGGUGUGGAUUCAGGCGACUAGCGUGAUUGGCCAUAGGCGAAGGCACGGGCAGUGUGUGUUGCCCACGUGUGAUGACGAAAGGGCGUUACUGAGACGUGAUGACACGUUAAGUGCAGAGUUUGAUCGGAGAUUAGAGGAGCUAAAUCGACAUUUUGAUCCAAAGUCGUGGUAUUUAUCAGUGAAUGUGGGAUGGGACGGUGGUGUCCAUGUUCAAACGUGUGGUCACCAUCUACAUUUAGACUGUUUAAAUGCAUAUUUGCAGUCAUUAAGGUCGCAACAACGGCAAGUAUCGGGUGAAUAUUUCUGCCCACUUUGUAGGCAGCUAGCGAAUUCAGUGUUGCCGCUGGCACCACAAUUGGGUGAUUGCGCUCAAAUGGUCAGAUCGAAUCCUUCUAGUAUGUCACAGAUUCUAGACGAACUUAGAGACUUCUUGGAAGAAAACGAUCAGAAACCUAGUAAUUCGAGUAUGGCAGAAGCUAUAGGUAAAAUAAUGGAAGUGAUGACUAGUAGUACCCAAUUAAAGCCGAUGUUAAGAUCAAAGAGCGACAAACCGAUUCCUCAAAGUUUAUUCCUAUUCGUAACUUCCAUAGCUAGAACUAAUUUAGAAACCGAAUUAAGCCAGAGAGGGGGUACGUUGGUGACGUCCAGCGAACCCCCGAAUCCAUUCUUACCUAAACGAGAUUGUAUAGUUCCUUUACUUCAUGUACUCUCUGUUCAUGCUCGGGUAGCUAGAGUUCUAGCACGGUGGCCUGCUUGGAUGACGUUCCAGCAACUGUGCGGACUACCGCCGAAACCUCCUAGUGACACCGCUUUGGCUCCAAUAGAGAACGAAGUGCCGUUAUUACUCAAAGAUCCAGUAGCUCUCUUGUUGCAGUUCAUCUUACUGUUACCUCUGCAUUUGGAUCAAAAUUAUUUCAUCACCACCGUUCAGAUGGUUUACAACUUGCUGUACUACCAGGUCGUAGCGCAGAUCUCGUGCGGUCUGACCGGAGCGGAGAGAGCCAGAGCCACGACAGGUGCUAACGAAGGGAAGAUCUGUACGCUUAUGGACGCUCUAGCGCUUAUUAAUAAAUGUCUAGGCAAUACAGCUCUGUACAUGGAGGACGACGAAGGGUGCAGCGAAAAACCUCAAGUGAAUAUGGUUGCCUUAGAACUGCAGGUGCAAAAGUUGUGCUUGCCGUACCUUCGUAUAGCAGCACUACUGAAGUACCAUAUUUAUCAGCAACCUUUGCCCGAUAUUCGUACGCCUCAGACGGAAUUCGUUUGCUUAGUACAUUACUUAGAAUUAGUAACAGAACAAAUAGACUGGGAAUGCUUUAACGCUGCAGCAGCUUUAAAUUGGCCGGCGGAAACGCAGAUGUAUACGGCGUCGCCACAGUCGUGGUGUAAUCAGUAUGUCGUCUUCGUGGAUAAAAGUCAGAUCGCGGCUAGGUCGUUUUUGGUGGAUCAACACAUAACGUGGCAUCCACCGCGACUGUUGCAACUGCCUAGGGAAUAUGAAAGGAUAUUCACGUACUACCAUAAGCGGCCGUGUAGUCAGUGCCAGUCGGUGCCGCAGGAAACUGCAAUCUGCCUGAUGUGUGGCACUAUAGUCUGUCUAAAGCAAGGCUGCUGCAAGCAGCAGAACAUUUGUGAGGCUACUGCGCAUGCGUCGGAGUGCGGUGCAGGCACUGGAGUUUUUCUGGUAGUGACAUCAACAUACAUCAUUGUCAUCCGAGGGCGCAAAGCGUGUUUAUGGGGUUCGUUGUACCUAGACGAAUUUGAGGAGGAAGAUAGAGAUUUAAAACGCGGUAAGCCUUUGUAUUUGAGCAAAGAGAGAUAUCAGUUGUUGGAACAGCAGUGGUUAGCUCACCGCUUUGAUCACAUAGAGAAGACUUGGAUUCAACAUAGUAAUGCGUUGUAAUUUUCGCCGAUUUACAUCUGAAAUAUGUAUUUUUUAGACGUUUUAAUCAGAGAAUUGUUAAAACGUUACAAUAAAUGAAUUGUUAUAAAAUCUUA